AUGUUAGCGCUGCAGGUUGGACAGUGUGGCAACCAGCUCGGGCGCGCGCUGUUCGACAAGAUCGCAAAGGAAGAGAAUGUGAACAGCUCAGCGGAUUCUCUGUUUUUUCGUUCGUCAGAAUACAUGUGCAGCGAUCGAUCGAUAGCUGUCAGUCCUGGUGAGCGAAGAGCACGCGCAAUACUAAUCGACAUGGAGCCAAAGGUCAUUCAGGAGUGCUAUCAUUCGGAAAAGAUUUCUAAAGCAGGUGUUGUGUGGUCGUAUGACCCGAAGAAUUUGUUUACGAGACAGAGUGGGUCUGGAAAUAAUUGGGCCAGCGGGUUUCACACACAGAGCACUGAGUCGGAAAGCGAGUUGCUUAAUUUGGUGCAAUCAGAAAUUGAGAGGUGUGAUCUUUUCAAAGGAUUCAUUACUCUGCAGAGCGCAGCAGGAGGUACAGGCUCUGGAUUAGGCUCGUUCCUCACAGAAAAGCUGGCGGACUAUUAUCCAUCGACUUCUUUGCUGAAUGCAGUUGUGUGGCCAUGUUGCUCUGGAGAAGUAAUUGUACAAAAUUACAAUGCAGUGCUCUCAUUAGCAAGUCUAGCCAAGGUCGCUCACGGAAUUUUUAUAAUGCAAAAUGAAGCUGCGAAGCUGAUAUGCCAGAAGGCUCUCCAUAUCUCAAAUCCCUCAUUCGACGCAAUCAACGAAGUCUUGGCAACUCACAUGGCUUCUUCAUUUUUGUCAGUAGACACUGUUACGUCGCAUCGAUCGGGUAGGAUGCUUGAGCCUUUGACUGAAAUUCGCGAACGACUAUGUCAAAAUCCAGCCUUCAAGCUGCUGGACAUUAAAAUGUUGCCUCUGAUGUCUGAUCACUCGAAGGAGUUCAGCACUCACACCUGGACAGGCAUUGUGAAAUAUCUACGCCAGAUGCACAUUACCAACGCAGCGUUUGAGGAACAAAUCUUAUGGGACAAUUCACUGAAUAAUGUCCACGAAAGAGCGUUCAGCCGUUCGGUUGGUAGCAUACUCGUUCUACGAGGAGAAGGCUCACAUCUAGCUAAUGCAUCAUCAUUAUCGGACCCACGCAUGUAUGCCCCUUGGAAUGCGGAUCCGUUUCGAUGUUAUUUCUCCAGCGCCAACUUCAAUGCUUACGACAAGACGGGGACUUUGAUCAGCAACUCGAAAGCAAUCCUGCAAAACCUGUCUAUCGUGAUGGACAAGGCCUACGACAUGUUCUCACACGAUCAUGAACGACUAUUCCUUGCUGUGAUUUAUACGGAUACGCCAGCAAAAGUCCGUACUCUAAGCUUUUAUGGAUGUAGACGGAAGCAACAAGUACAAUGUUAA